UGAUUGUGUGCAUGAUUAUCACGGUGCCUCAUCAUAGAAGUUUAGGCGACUGCUGCCACUUCUUUCACUUUACCUACAGUAGGUCCACACCGCCACAGGAUUCGUCUAUUGGCAUCUAAUAUGCUAGUUUUUGUGGAACAUCAUUUUUAGUCGUAGAUCAUUAUAAAUACCCAAAGGUUCUGCAGGGUUAAGUAAGAUGAGGCCGCCGACUGAGAUAUCCGUUCUUCUACUGUCCCUCUUGGCCCCGGGGGUUCUGUAUGCCAUGAACAACAUCCCUGCGCUUCAAAAGCCCCUGGGAAUGCUGGGACUGGGGAUGGUGGUCCUGGGAUCAGUGCUUCUGCUGAUACUCCUCUCAGUGAGACACAAGCAGAACAUCGACCCGUUGUUCUAUGUCUUUGCAGAGUUCUCGUUUACCUGUUUGAUGGCCCUCACCAACGCGUUAGAGCAGGAUGGUUUCAUUAAGGGUUUCAUGGGCUUCUACGUUAAGAUGGGGGAGCCCCAUCUCAGCACAGCCUACUCGGUGCUGAUGUGCUACUGGGAUGGUGUGGUCCACUUUGUCGUCUUCCUCCUCAUUAUACACAGAAUGUUCAAAGGGAAGUCUUAUCGUGAGCUUGGUUUACUGUGGGCGGGAUCUUCCAUUGCCAACCAGCUGGUUUUGAUUCCUGGAACGGUCGUUGGUAAAUACGGCUCGAACAUUGGUCCUGCGUUCCUGAGGAACAUCCCAUUCUUCUUGGUGCCAUUUUGGGCUGCCUCGCUACUUUUAAAUAGGCCACGGGAGAUGCCAAUCAUUCCCGCAGACAAGGUUGCCAUGGAGCAGAACAAGAGUCUGCUGUCCCGCCCUGUCGACGCGCUCCUGGUGGUUGCCGCGCUGGCCGCCGUGGCCUUCACUGCUUUCAGGGGCUUUGUGGUGUUGGACUGUCCUCUAGACGCCUGCUUCACGUACACCUACCAGUAUGAGCCCUACCUCAAGGACCCCGUCGGCUUCCCCAGGGUCAUGAUGCUGGGGUACUUGUUCUAUGCCCUGCCCCUGCUGGCCGCCUGCAUCUACGGUCUGAGCAGGCCUGGAUGCGGCUGGAUGCUAGACUUGACCCUACUCUUGGCCGGGGCCUUGACCCAGGCCCAGUGGUGCCACAUCGGAGCGUCGUUUCACCGCCGCACUCCGUACACCUACCGGGUCCCCGCCGACAAGUGGUGGCCCGUCGUCGUCCUGAACGCUCUGUACGUCGCCCUACCCAUCCUGCUGGCCCUUCGUUGCUAUGCCUACCCCACGUAUUUCAUGAAGCAUGUCACCCAGGCACAGACCAACGCAGAGAAGAAGAAGAACUAACUUGUGAACCAGAGGCGGGUGGUUUGAACGUUUCAGCUCGGAUGUGACCUUUGGUUUUGCUGUGACAAAGGGCCAGUCCUCUGAGGACUAGCGCUCCUCUCCCCUGUUCAGAAUCAAUGUCACGUCACUCAACACUCCCUGCAUGGACUACUGGACUUUGAAAAGGUGUGUACACAAUUGAUGACUGCAAGCCAGGCCGACAGAGCUUUAAAGUGACUCAUGCACAGACAACCCGCUAUCUUCUUUGGGAAAAGGGUUUGAUUCGCACCAGGUCCCUAGUAAACCACUGAGACGAUGCAUAGAUUGUCUCCAUCAAACACAUCACUAGAGCGAACCAAGUCCAAAUCAGGUCACUGAGCUUGAGAUCCACCUCUGGAGCAGUGUGACCGUUUAAGGGCUUAGAAGUAGAGUUUUAGAUAAGGAAGAUAAUGGUAUGUGUUUCCCAAGUAGGUUUUAUCCUAAAGAAGUUAGGCCUACAUGCCAUUUUGUCAUAUGUAUUUGUAAAAAAUAAAAUAAAAACAUUGA